CUUCCACUUUCGCGCAACAAUUUUCCGGGAAAAUCGAGUGGAUAUUAUUGAAAGCGGCAGGGAAAGCAAACCAGUGUAUUUCUUCCUCUUUCUCUCUCUACUCUUCACUCUUCUUCUUCUUCUAGCAGAAAUUACCCGGUAGAUGGAAUCGGAAACCAUAAACCCAAAUAACCAAAUCUUCAAACAAGCUUGCGUUGCCGGAAAGUUAAAUUAGCUAGUACCCAUAUGACUUUAAGCCCUGAUUCUCCUCCUUCCUCCAUGGACUGGAAAUUUUCGCAGGUUUUCGGUGAGCGAAAUCCCGGUGAGGAAGUUCAGGAUGCUGACAUUAUAUCUGCAAUCGAGUUCGAUAAGACUGGUGAUUAUCUUGCUGUUGGAGAUCGAGGUGGCCGAGUUGUAAUUUUCGAGAGAGACACUGCUAAAGAUUCUCUACUUGGAGAUUACUCUCAAAAGCAGUUAGAGCAGCUGGAUUUUGUGGGUAAAAAGUCUCCUCCUUUUCGUUACAAAACCGAGUUUCAGAGUCAUGAACCAGAGUUCGAUUAUCUAAAAAGUUUGGAAAUUGAAGAGAAGAUCAACAAAGUGAAAUGGUGUGCAACGCCCAACGGGUCAUUGUUUGUUCUCUCAACAAAUGAUAAGACAAUAAAAUUGUGGAAGGUUACGGAUCAUAAAGUGAAAAAAGUGAAGGAUAUCAAGUCUAGCCCAUUAGUAAGCUCAGAAAAUGCACUUUUGGCAGAAGGUAGCUUUGCUAGCGGGGAAACACCACCUGAAAAUGGUAACUAUCUAGAAGGAACAGAGCAAAAAGACAGCACCUUAACAUCUUUUGAAGAUCAAGCCAGGAUUGCAGGUCUUGGUGAUACUGCGUCUGCUAGAUGUCGAAAGGUGUAUGCUCAUGCUCAUGAUUUUAAUAUUAACUCUAUCUCCAACAAUAGUGAUGGCGAGACAUUUAUAUCUUCAGAUGACCUUAGGAUAAACUUAUGGAACCUUGAGAUCAGUAAUCAGUGUUUUAACAUCAUUGACAUGAAGCCACCAAAUAUGGAGGAUCUUACAGAGGUGAUAACAUCAGCUGAAUUUCAUCCAUUUCACUGUAAUCUGCUGGCCUAUAGCAGUUCAAGGGGAUUUAUCAGGCUUGUAGAUAUGCGACAGUCAGCAUUGUGUGAUCAUAGUGCAAGAAUAUUACAAGAUGGAGAAUCCAAUGGCUCCAAAUCAUUUUUCAGUGAAAUUGUUGCUUCUAUAUCAGACAUAAAAUUUGCAUCGGAUGGAAGGAACAUAUUAAGUCGUGAUUAUAUGAAUCUAAAGCUAUGGGAUCUACGCAUGGAGAAUUCACCUGUUGCAAUUUAUAAGAUUCAUGAGCAUCUCCGGCCCAAGUUGUGCGAUUUGUAUACGAAUGAUUCCAUAUUUGACAAGUUUAGUUGCUGCAUUAGUGGAGACGGCCUUAAUUUCGCUACUGGGUCAUACAGCAAUUAUUUGCGUAUUUUUUCUUCCGGAGUUGGAGGUGCAGAAGGCUUGACACUGGAAGCUAGUAAAAAUCCAAGCAGAAAAUUGCCUCUCCAAGCUUCCUCAAGGAGAAGAUCGUCUAUCAGUAACUUGACAAGGGGGUUUUACCGACAAGCCCAGGAUAGUGUUAGCACAGGAGGCGCUGAAUUCUCAAGUAACUUGAAAUCUAAGCUGCAGCAUAUGGCUUGGCAUCCGAAAACAAACUUGAUUGCUUGUGCAACUGCCAACAGCUUGUUCCUGUAUCAAGCUUAGUUAUUUAAAACUCUGCUAGAAGAAUCACGAAUAGAAGCUUAUAAUCAUUAUCCAUUUUGUUUCGAAUGUUUGCCAAUCUCGAUUAGAUUUUGUUUCUUUUAUCUGAUUGAAAAACCCUGGUGACAUCUGAUCAAGUGUAUAUAUUAGAAACCCAGAAAGGCAAAAAGACAGUAUAGAAUGAAUCCAUGGUUGGUUGUUAAUGAGAUUGGUAUUUGGAACUCUGAAGGGGUAGGUUGAUGAUGAUGAUACAAAACAGGAAUGGAGGACGAAGAUGUGUUUUGUAUGUUGAUGUCUUAGAAUUCGGUUGUAUUGUUUUGUUGGGGAUGUCCUCUGUUAUUUUUGUAUUAGAAACCCGUAAGCAAGCUGAAUGUGUAAAUGCUCCUACGAAAUGAAUGAUUUUGUGUGAAUUAUAGAAAUGUUAUGCACUUAAUUUGAUCUUUAUAUUUAAACUUGA